AUGGCAAACCUAUAUGUCGCUAUAUACAAGCCUGUGGGAGGGAAUGUUCACCAUUGGGCUCUUUGGCUUGAAGCAUCUACAUGGUCGCGCCUUUUUGAAGCUAAUGCAGGUGGAAACCCGGGAGAAUACGUAGUCAGUGAGCGAGAGAAUGUACGCCCCAAUGCUUCGGGCCGCCAUAAAUCAAACCGUUUUGUGGCCCAAAUCGACGACUACAAUGGCUUUAUCAAGAAUGCUCGAAGUUGUAAAGCUCCAGCAGACAGUGCGGCCUGGAACUGUCAGGAAUAUGUCUUGGAUGUACUCGAAGCCGCAAAUUUGGAUGAUAUCAUUGAUGACUAUCAGCACGCGGCGAUCAAGGGCUACCUCGAGAGCAUACACGAUACGUAG